AUGAAGUGGUUGAUUCUGUUCUUUGUUUCCCUCCACCUCUCAGAAGGGCUGGAAAGAGUCAUUCUGAAGAAAGGGAAAUCCAUUCGUGAGAACAUGAAGGAGAAAGGUGUGCUGGAGGAAUUUCUGAAGAAGAACCAUUUUGAUCCUGCAUUGAAAUACCACUAUAAUGAAUACAAUGUUGCUUAUGAACCAAUAUCCAAUAAUUUGAAUUCUUUCUACUUUGGAGAGAUUAGUAUUGGGACACCACCACAGAAUUUCCUGGUUCUCAUGGACACUGGCUCUGCCAAUCUCUGGGUACCAUCUGUAUAUUGCAAUACUGCUGCAUGUGGUAACCACCACAGAUUCAACCCGAGUGCAUCCUCUACAUACUACAAUAAUGGACAGACUUUUUCCCUGUACUAUGGGAGUGGGAGCCUAACUGUCAUGCUAGGUUAUGAUACUGUGCAGGUCCAGAACAUUGUUGUGCGCAACCAGGAAUUUGGCCUAAGUGAGAAUGAACCUUCCAGUCCUUUCUAUUAUGCCAGUUUUGAUGGGAUUUUGGGGAUGUCCUAUCCUUCUGCAGUUGUGGGCCAUGUAGGUGGUUACACUAUUAUGCAACAGAUGCUGAGGCAAGGCCAGCUUUCAGAACCCAUCUUCAGCUUCUAUUUCUCUCGACAACCAACUGCUCAGUAUGGAGGAGAACUGAUCUUGGGAGGUAUUGACAACCAGCUGUUCUCUGGGGAAAUUACCUGGGCACCUGUCACCCGUGAGGCUUACUGGCAGAUUGGAAUUGAGGAGUUUGCAAUUGGCAACCAGGCUACUGGCUUGUGCAGUCAAGGCUGCCAGGCAGUCGUGGACACUGGAACAUAUUUGUUGGCUGUGCCUAAACAGUACAUUGGCACUUUCCUACAGGCUGUGGGAGCUCAAGAAUACAAUGGUGAGUUUGUGGUGAACUGUAACUACGUCCAGAACAUGCCCACCAUCACUUUUGUCAUUAAUGGAUCCCAGUUCCCAUUACCACCUUCUGCCUACAUUGCCAAUAACAAUGGCUACUGUACAGUUCAAAUUGAAGCCACAUACUUGCCUUCUCCGACUGGGCAGCCCUUGUGGAUCUUUGGUGACAUUUUCCUUAAGGAGUAUUAUUCAGUCUAUGAUAUGGCCAACAAUAGGGUGGGCUUUGCACCAGCAGCUUAA